UGCCCUCCAAAGUCUACAUGUAUAGACGUGUGUGAGCGCAUGACAAUUUAAUAUUUGUCAUUUAUGUAUAUAAUCUAAUGACAUGUCUCAUACUCAAUGCUUAGAUUCUGAUGAGAAAAGCAUCAACACAACCUGCUGGAAAAUGACCAAAAGGAUUUUUUUGCUGCUGGUUAUUUCGGGUAAAAAGUCAGAUCAUCAUUUGUAAACGUAACUUUAAUAACAACUUACACAGUGUUUUAAAGUUUGUUUUUUUCUUGUUUAGGCUUUUGUGCCAUGUGGCAGGAGGCAGAUGCUCAGAGCACGUUAGAUAAACCUGUACUCAGCGGUCCUUCAAUUAGUCUUGUGGGUUCCAUUGAGGAAUUUUACUGCAAACUGGACAACAUCCAAACAAACCUGACAAUUCUGUAUCAGUUUUUUAGAGAACAUAAUUUAAAUAAGCCUAUAGGGGAAUACAGUGCUCAUGAUAAAGAGGAAGCCACAUUCAUUAUUAUGACUAAACCUUCUCAUGAUGGAAGGUUCAUAUGCAAGGCCAGUGGACAAAACCACACCGAGAUCAAUUCCACUUUCAGUGCCUGGAAGAUUUUCCAAGUAGUUGUGCCUGUAAAAGGUGCAAAGAUCAUAUCAAGAACUUUUUCUGAAGAUUUCUGGGAAGGAGACAGCUUGACUCUGGAGUGUAAUAUAACUGAAGGGACUUAUGUAACAUAUGCCUGGUUCCUGAAUAAUAUACUGCUCCACAGUGACAGCUCUAACAACCAGCUGACUAUUCCAACCCUUUCCAGCCGGGACAGCGGACAAUAUGUCUGUGUUGCUAAAAACUACUUUAAUGAGACAACUUAUUUCACCAGUAAGAGUGAAGGAAUGAACAUUCGUAUUAAAGAGCACUUGUUACAGCCUAAGAUCUCAUUUAGGGUUGUCAAGAAUGCAGACGGAAACUUUACUGCCUAUGUGAAAUGCCAGGUGACAAAAGGAUCCCCGCGCAUAGACUUCGCCCUUACAAUACACAAUACAAAAAACAAGAAAAAAUUGCAACAUUACAUCCUUGAAGAGGACGCCUUACCAAAAUACCACAACGCCUUAUUUCAUGUGCCCAUUAAACUGGACCAAGACAUGGGCAUGGUCUAUUGCACCGCGAGUUAUGGGAAAACAUCAGCGCAGAGCAGAGAUCUGAACCUCACAGUGGAGGCAGUAAGGGGCAAUGCGAUAAUGACACUGGAACAUAAAUACAUACAGCAGGACUUGAGUGUCUAUGCUGUAUAUAUAUCUUGCCAUGUGAGAGGAACGUUUCCAGAAUACUACUGGUUCCUCAAUAACAGAAGAUUGGAAAGAAAUGGAAAAUUUUACAGGACAGACCGCCCAGAUGGCUCCGAUCUCGUAAUUAGGCUGACAGACAUUGCAAGUAGUGGGGUUUACCACUGCGAGGCUGCUAACUCAUUCGAUAACACUAUAAGUGUGAGCAGUCCAAAGUACCUGAUUAGUCAUGAAGCAUUAAACAAAAUCCCAACUUAUGUGGUAAUCAUCGUUUUUACCUUUUUUGCGCUGUUGAUUUGUGCUGUGUUCGCUUGUUGUAUCUAUGGAGUGGUGUUACGAAAAAGGCAGUCCAGGAUAUAUAAUUUUAGAGUGAAAGACUUCUCAGACAUGCAUAGCAAGCUGGAUGAUGAUUAUGAUGAUGAUGAUGAUGAUGGUGUUUUUGAAAUGACUGAAGACACAAAAGAGCAUGAAUAUGAAGAAGGAAUAUAUUAUGACCUGGAUACUGACUCAUAUAUUGAAGAUACACAGGUUGUCCAAGCAUCCAUGCUGCAAGACUCUGAUGAGAGUGAAGAAGAGGAAGAGCCUGACUAUUUCCCCAACCUUUGAAUAUUUGUAUAGAGUUUCUAAAUAAUUUUGAAUUUCAGUUUUAAAUACAGGAGUGUAAAAAAACAACAACAUUUAAACAUCUACAGUAGGUUGAAAAGUCUGAGACCACAUAGAAAAUUUUAAUUUUUAAAUCUGGGAAAUAAACAGUUUAGAAUUGUGAAAAGGCUAAAACAAGGUUAAAAUUGUGUAACACAAUUUCUAAAGUAGUUCAGUAUUUAAAACGUAGGCACCACG